GGGCGGGAAGAGCGAACAUAGCUGACUGGAAGGCGACUGUGUUUAAAAUCGACAGCACGUUUUAGUUUUAAAUUCUCCUCAAUGCUCACGGUUUGCAGAUUUUAAAUGAUACACGGGGCAUUGGAUACGUUUUAAGUGGGACCGUUGCUGGAAAACUAUAGGGAUAUAUUUUUGGAGAGUGCAGAACAGAUGGAGGAUCCUCCUGCAGAUUCUGGUGGUGGUGGAGGUGGUGGUGGAGGAGCGGAGGGCCCCACGGUGCAGGUGGCAGAUAUCUGCUGGCCGAAGGGGGCUCUCCCUCUGCGGCUCCUGGAGUGGAAAGUCAAACCCGGGUCUCUGGUGAACCUGGACUCCGUGCUCGCUCUCUGCGCUCCCAUACCCCCGGAGGAGAAGAAGAAGGGGGCACAGGCGGCCAGGCUGCCAGAGAGAAAGGUGAAGUCGGACCGUGCUGGAGUAGUCAAGGAGCUAUGCUGUCAACUUGGGCAAGUCAUACCUCCCGGGGGUGUCGUCGUCCGAAUAGAAGAAUGCAGCCAUCCAAUAGUAAUGAAGGGUUUAUGUGCCGAGUGUGGCCAGGACCUGACUCAGCUGCAGGGCACGAAUGGGAACCAGCAAACUCCCAUCUCCACGGCAACCGUCUCCAUGGUGCACAGUGUACCCGAGCUGAUGGUCAGCUCGGAGCAAGCAGAACAGCUGGGCAGAGAAGACCAGCAGAGACUCCACCGGAACAAGAAGCUGGUCCUGAUGGUGGAUCUGGACCAGACGCUGAUCCACACCACUGAACAGCACUGCCAGCGUAUGUCCAAUAAGGGUAUUUUCCACUUCCAGCUCGGGCGAGGAGAGCCGAUGCUCCACACACGACUGCGCCCACACUGCAAGGCUUUCCUGGAAAAAAUUGCCAAACUCUAUGAGUUGCACGUCUUCACGUUCGGGAGCCGCCUUUAUGCACACACCAUUGCUGGCUUUCUGGAUCCUGAAAAGAAGCUGUUCUCUCAUCGGAUCCUUUCCAGAGAUGAAUGCAUCGACCCUUUCUCCAAGACGGGGAAUCUUAGGAAUCUGUUCCCGUGUGGCGACUCCAUGGUCUCCAUAAUCGACGACCGAGAGGACGUGUGGAAGUUUGCGCCUAACCUCAUCACCGUGAAGAAAUACAUCUACUUCCAGGGCACGGGGGACAUCAACGCUCCGCCCGGAUCACGGGAAGCUCAGAUGGCAAAGAAAGCAGGAGGCCCGUCGAGUCGACCAGCAGAGAGCACAGAACCGGUAGUGACGCCGAACGCCGAUGAGCAAAAUAAUGGCCCCAGGAAAAAGGCGAAAGACCCCAGCUUUUCUGGGAAGGAGGAGUCCACGACAUCUCCGUCUUCUCAGGGAGUACCAGCGAAUGAACGGACGCACCCCACAGGGGCCGUGGAGGAUGAAUCGGGACAAGGUAAAGGGUCAGAGACCGAGGCGGAGUCUGGGGCGCCGUCGAGGGAAACUCAGGUGGGCGACGGUAAGAAUGUUAAGGAAGAAGAUAGCAACAGGACACUGGUGACACAAGAGGCGCAGGAUGGUGCAAACUCCUCGGCACCGAGCCACGAGCCCAACAACCUCGACUUUGAUCUUUCUAGUGACAGUGACAAUGACUCCAUUACAGAAAAGCCUCCCUCAUCAGAGAGCGAUAGUGAAGCCAAGUCGUGCCGGGCAAAGAAAUCGGGGCAGGAAGGAGUCGCACCUGGCGAUGGGGAAGGGGACAGCAAAUGCCGGGGUGAAGGGGAAACCAGCGCUGACACAGCAGAACCGUCAGAAGUUCUCCUCCCAGACCCCGAGCUGGGAAACGGCUGCUCAGACCGGAGAGAGCCAGAAACGGAGUCGCAGAAUAGCGAACAAUCCGGGGUCACCAUGGGGGAGGAGCUGCUGGACCAGAGCAUGGAGGAGGAGGAAGAGGAGGAGGAUGAGGAGGAUGAAGCCGAUAUCGACCAGGAUGAUCACCUGAUCUACCUGGAGGAAGUGCUGGAAAGGAUCCACGCCGAGUACUACGCACGCUACGAGGCCUACCUGAGGAAGGAGGCUCCCGAGACGCCAGACAUGCGCAAGAUUUCACCGGAGCUGAAAAGCAAGACGCUGGCGGGCACCACGAUAGUGUUCAGCGGCCUGUACCCGACCAACUACCCCAUGGAGAGGACCCGCGAGUACUACCACGCCAAAGCACUGGGGGCCAAGAUCGGCAAGCAUCUGGUUCUUAACUCCCAAGAUGCCGAUCAGACAACGCAUCUCAUCGCAGCAAGAGCCGGCACCGAGAAGGUCCGUCAGGCUCAAGGCUGCAAGCACCUCUAUGUUGUGAACCCCGACUGGCUGUGGAGCUGUCUGGAGCGCUGGGAGAGGGUGGAGGAGCAGCUGUACCCGCUGAAGGAGGACUGCUCCAAGAUGCCACGGAGCAACAGUCCGGCAGCAUUCCCUGACAUUCAGGGUUCCCUGCAGGCGCACGUUUUCCACCCGGCUCCCAUCCACCACAGACCUCUGCCUCCAGCCCCUGAGGUUCGAACCUACGACCCCGUCACGGGUAAGCUGAUCCGCAGGGGCCCUCAGGUGCCACGGCCGCCGUCCUACCUCCAGGCCCCGGGGCCUCACGGAGAUCAGUCUUGUCUCAGGGGAACUUCACAGAGCCAGCAAGAUGAGGCGGCGGGGUCCAGCCAGGACGACGAGCAGCCGGGACCGUCCCGUCGGAAACGACAGCCGAGCAUGUCGGAAUCUAUGCCUCUAUACACGCUCUGCAAGGAGGAUCUAGAGAGCAUGGACAAAGAGGUGGACGACAUGUUGGGCGAGGAGAGCGACAACGAAAGUGAGGGCCCAGGGAAGGAGAAGCCAGGCAAUGAGGAGGUGGAGGAUGAAGGGGAGCAGCAGCAGUCAGGAGCUGGACGGAUAGCAGCAGCAGCAGGAGGAGGAGGAGGAGGAGGAGGAGGAGAGCUUGGUCCUCAGGCGAUGAGCGUAGAUGAGAAGAUCCAGACACCACCCAGUGAGGACGUUGUUAAGAGGGGCCACAAACGUAAGCACGAUGAAGCCCAGGAGGAAGAGGACGACAUUAAGGAGGAAGAGGAGGAGGAGGCGGCGGCGGCGGAGGAAUCUGCCGACGAGUCUUCUAAAGACUCCAACGAGGAGGAAGGAGGAAGCAGCUCGGAGGCGGACGAGAUGGCCGCAGCCUUGGAGUUGGAGCUCAACGACUUUAUGUGACGUGGAAAAUGAAGAGACUCAUUCACAGUAAAAGGACAGCGACAACAAAAAGAAGUGGUACCUAAAAAUCCUAUUUUUCUGCUUUUGGAACCGGUGUGUUUAGGAUGUAUGAGCCAUGAAUGUGUGCCACGAUCACGAUGAAUGUCCUGUACAGAAGUGUUGCCGUGUAAAUAAAGGCUUAGGUUGUUUUGUAGCAUUGAUGUAUGGCCUCUUUUGGCAGAAAACAUUUUGAUGUUUCACAUUUUAUUGUAAGAUAAACCGUAGGAGGCAUAACAUUUGAUACUUCUUGUUUUUGUUUGUUUUACUAUCUCGAUUUUUAUAUUGGUGAGAAAAGGAUAAAUUAAAUGAUAAGGUGGUCGUACAUGCCAAAGAGUUUGGAACAGGUUUGUCGAGGCGUGCAGCUAAAUAUUUUACUCUGGACUUCCAGUUUUACUUUUCUUUCUGGCCUCCGCAGCAGUUUGUUAGGCUCAUACAUGCAACCAGCCGAUCUAGACGUUUGAAUGUGGUUAUUCUGAGUCAUUUUUUCCUCAAUGUGUUUCUACGUUUGAUAACGUUACGCUAAGGUAAGCUUUCCAUUCGCCGUGGACUGGAUCACACUUAAGUUUGUGUCCGUUUUCAUGUGUUCUUUACGUGUUGGCUCACCUUUGUCGACCCGUCUCUUCUAUUGCUGUCGUACAGUUGAGGACAGGCGUCUCUCACUCAGCCUCUGCUUGUGUACACUGGAGCUUAAAGCCCUUGUGAAGCCUCGUUACCACGAAGGGUAAGUUUACCCAAAUUACAAAACAUGUUUUCUCGCUUACCUUUAGUGGUAUAUUAGUAUUCAAAUCGUCUUGUUUUAAGGUUUUCCUCUCUGAGAUGUCUGACCUAAGAACAAUGGUAAGGAGCCACCAGGAGGUUCAUGUGGUAGAAAAUGAAAUGAGCCAAAAAGACAAUUAUUUUCUCCACAAUUGAAGUUUUUUAGUUGUCUGUCCAGAGGAAGAUAACCUCAAAGUAACGAGCAGCAAGCAGAGAGGGGUGUCCUUUGGUUGGUAAAGAUAACCAAUGCGGCGUGCACUUUACUAACAUCACACAUUGCGGGAGUUUUAUCAAACGCUUCCAUCUCACUGCCAUUUGAACCGUUAAUGUUUGGCAUCUGUACAAAGCUUCCAAACAGUGAAGGAUCUGUCCGGCAGCAGAGCAGAUGUCUGGUUGAGUCUCUGCCCUCACCUUCACCUGCUGCAACCAACAGCACAUCCAGUUCAUCCUUUCACAGUGCGACAGUCGUCCCGUUUCUCUUUUAUUUGUGUUUGCGGUGUGUUCCAGUUUCAAUCGAACAACUGACUUGUAUAGUAUUUGUAAAGUCUAUUUCCUACUUGACCCUGAGAGAGAAAAAUACUUUCAUCAAAUAAAAAUGUUUCUAAGUAACACGACUGGAAUGGGUUUUGUUUUAUUCCAGGGGACUAUGAAAUACAUCCAGUAUUCCCUGAACACGAUCAUUAAUUUGUUCUGCAGAUGGAGUCCAUUAGCCUGCCUCGUCUGUGCUGCGUUUAGAACAUGGGGAACAUAAUGCGUAUGGCACUAUGAGGCUCCCAGCAGGAAAUACUCCUCAGUUAAUGGACUCUGUGUGUGGAUGUUUAUAGAGGCUCUGUGUCAUGAAAAAAAAUAGCGGAACCAUUAGGCGUCGUGCCACAUCGCCGCUUAGUUUGAUGCAUGUGUACCAAAUGUGUUGCAACCUGCUUUACGGACGCCACAAGCCGUCCGUUUGCAAUUUUAGACGCAAAAAAAGUAAAAGACACACUUCUACAGGCGAAAAGCUCAACAUUUCAUUCUGAAAAUGAGGUCUUUGGUGUACAUUUUUCGGGGGCUUGUUUACUCUGUCAUCUUGCGCCUUCAGUCAGAGUACCAGGCCUGCAGGUGUGGUGCUGAUCACACAGGAAGCGGCAGAAUAAAUCACAGCCAUAAAGUCUAUUAAAAGCGUGACUGCCCGCUCGGUGCGCUUCUUUCCCGGAACGCCUGAUGAGCCGCUGCCUUUAAAAGCCAAAAGCAAACAGCAAUAAACAGAGAGGUGUUUAUCCUCUGAUGAAAGCAGGUAUUUUUCCUCCAGGGUGGAUUGUUUCCCUCACAUUUGCAGAGCCGCAGUGGUUUGAGUCCACAUUUCAAUGUAAAUUAAUUUCAAUUUUGCAGCUGUUUUUUUGUUAAUUUAUGAUCCACAAAGUGGAUUGAAAGGAGACACAGAGGUGCUAAAAGCUACUAUGUAAGGAAGCGAAGCCAUUUACAACGUUUUUAUAGAAUUAAUGGGUUAAUUUGACCUUUUGUUUAAUUACAUACGAGUUGAAAAUCAGACAGUAAAUCAAGAUCCACUGGCAUGCCACCUUUUUAAGUUGCUAGCUGACUUGGUGUUGAAUGGUUUCAACCUUGAAUAAUCAAUAUACACAAAAUGCUUUUUGAUUAGGAAUAAGAGCACACAUAACACACAUCCACGCACUGCUUUCAUUGCUGACAUUUCUGAUGUGUCUGCUCUGGUUCUGUUGGUGAGAGUUUUGCUGUAGUUUGGUUUCCUCUGUGUCUUGUGCGUCUCAGCACGGUUUGUUUGUCUAGCGAGCCUUUGUUCUAAUCUAGAGGAACCUUUGGUUAUAAUUCACUUGCCUGCUUGAACUUUGUUUUGUCUCACUGCAGCCCAGUUUCUUUGACACCUGUGUGGAGGUUUGACGCUCAGGUACUGUGGGUCCUCCUUUGGACCUCAUGUCCUGAUGACCAUUCUUCCCACUGUUUCUCGUUUUUACAUUUUUCUGCAAAAUACAGAUCGGAAUUUGAAGGAGAGUACUGUUUAAUACUUUUAUAUAUUUCAUGGUUCAGAAACUCUCCCAUUAAGAACAAAAGCGCAAUUUUUUUCAUGUGACUGUUUACUUCCAAUUAAGUGGUUUCUCUUUGCUUCUUGUCAUUAUUUUUGAAUGACUCCUGCCCUGAUCCUCCCUGAUAAAAAUAUCUGAUAUUCUCAUUUUUUAUAUUGCUGUAUUGUCUUUGACUUAGUAAAUUUAUUUUGUUUAGAGUUCCAGAUGUCAAAGUGGAACCAUGACUUUAAGAAGCGGGAGUGUGACAGCUUUUACAAACAGGAUCUUAAUUGAGUUUUCUGGUUAAGGAGUAUUUUAGUUGUUAAUUGCAUCUGAUAAAUGUGUUGAGAGU